AUGGCUCCUUACCUCAAUGUAGGUGGUCUGAAUAGCACAUUCGCGAUUCUUCAAGAUGUUCCUCCUCCGUCAGGAACCAUCCGAGUCCUCUCAAGGACGCGGAAAACUUACAAUAAAAAACUCAUACAAAGCCAAGUUGUACCUGCAGUAAGACAAUUCAUCACACAACAUUCGAAGGCAGAUCUUUCGGCCAUUACUGGCACACUUACCGCAUUCUUCGACUCCGCCCUCAAAGACUAUGGCGCCAGAAACGCAGGAGAGAUGGCAAAAGCCCAAGCAUGGGUCUUCAUUACCAUUUCUAAAAUCAACUCGUACGGCAAGCAUUAUUGGCAUAGAGACGGAAUUUGCGGCCUUGAGAAUGGGAGAGUCCUUAGCAGAUAUAGCAUGGCAAUGGUUGGGCCUCCAACGGAGGUGAUUUGCUCGAGUGAACCACAACUCGGUCUUGAGCUGCAUCACGCGCAAAAAGGCUUGGAAUCUCUACCACGACAUCCUAUAGCCACUGGUCAGGUUUAUCGAUUCACCACGGGUCAAGGGGACUCUCCCAUUCACUCUACACCAGUUUUCAAAACUGGCAGAAUCUUUGUUUCGGUCAUCUAUUACUAGAUCAUGCUGGACGGUGGAGUUGAGUACUUUGCCGGCAAAGUGGUCAGGAGAUGAGGAGCGUCAUUCAAGCUGGUCUUGGACUGCGCUAUGCAUAAAUUGUAACUUUAGAGGAAGCC